AUUUCUCAAUUACUUAAAUAUUGUCUUUUAUACCACCAACAUUAAUUGUCCUGCCUUCCAUGUUGUUAUAAAUGGUACAUCAGUCCCUUGAUGUCAGGAUUCUUAUGGGUUUAAAAGCAUUCGCCACUAAACUGUCAUUAGACCUUUGUGACCCUAAAUAAACAAUCCAAUCAGAGCCACGCUUGAGGCAGCAGUCUCCAAUGAACUCACCUCACCGUGUUCUCGUGGGCGGGCCUCAACGCAACGCCCUCUCCACGCUGUGCUUUGCCUGAGAAGCCAGACUACGCAGCAGGUUGAUGCGUUUUCAGUGCCGUCUGCCAGUGUAGAUAAUGAAAGGCGGGUUAUGAAAUUUUAAAUCACGGUUAUUUUAUCUUUCAGUCUCAGAGCUCUAUUAAAUUACGACAGAAUGACGACGACCACGACAUUUCAAGGGUUGGAAGCCGGUUCCAAAAGCAGCUCCAGAGUUUCAAACCCUCCAGGUGGCGCAUCAAACAUUUCUUUCGGCACAGAUGAGGACAAACCCCCUGUACGGAAAAAUAAGAUGGCCUCCAAUGUGUUUGCUGAGCCAGAGGACCCCUAUGCCCAUCGAAGGAACAACCCUCCCGGGGGCAAGCCCACAGGGGUUCUGUGUGGUGAGUCCUCUGCCCCAUUGAGAAGAGGACUGAACCACAACGCCAACCACUCUGCAGAUCCAGCCAGCACGGAUGUGGAGAAUAAUGUUGGUGAUGCAGUCCACAGUACAGAACCCGAGGCCAUCUCGGAGCCGCCCAAGGAGGAGCCCCCGCUGGCAGAAGCCCCCGCCGCUGGAGCCACCUCCGGCCGCAGGAACCCCCCAGGAGGGAAGUCCAGCCUCAUCCUGGGCUGAGCCUCAGCCCGCCCCCUGCCUGGCCUCGUCUCAGACCCCUCGUGCCGCUCUUUAUUUCAUAUGUAUAUGGCCUGCUUGUUUUGAUACGAACAUGUUGCAACCCCUCAUGUGUCCCUCUGAUUCUAGCCGGAUCACGGAUCCCAUCCAGAACCAUGCGCAAUGCUCAAUGUUUUGAUACCUCCUUUCUACAUUUUUAUUUAGUAUUUAGUUAUUAUUAAUUUAUACUUUUUCAGAAGCACUUUAUGUAUCUUGAUGUUUGAAGCCUGUCCCCAUGGUGCGUAAGAGCUACUUGACAGGGCAUGGGGUUUACAUUACGUGUCUUCUGCCAACUAACCCCAAAAACGAACCCCAAUAUAUUUGUAGUUACUGCACAAGAGCCAAGUAAAGUCAUGGCAACCUGCUCAAUGCGAAGAAAAUCGACCACGAAGUCCAUUGCUUUUUUGCUGUUUUUUUGCUCCAUGUUUAAACUUGUUCCAACCUGCAUGUGUGUGUGUUCUGUUGUGUAUGAAUAUGAGAAGAAGAAGAAGAAGAAGAAGAUAAGAAGAAGAAGAAGAAGAAGAAGAAGAAGAAGAAGAAGAAACUGUGACAAUUUAAUUUAAACUGCUGGAUAACUUUUGUUGUUUUUUGUUUAUAGUACAUUUAUGUGGUUUCAUUGCAUUAAAUGAGACUUUUCUACUGGUGUGUGUUCACACGGUAGCAGAAAAGAAAUAAUAGCUGUCAUUCUGUCCUCAGUUUAUUAGGGCCCAUGUAAAGUGGGGAAAGGGAAUUGGCCUUUUGUAUUUUCUCUUUCCCUUAGAAUAGCCUAUUUUAACCUCAGUGCCAGUUGUUAAUGACAUGUGUUUUUAUAGGUGUGCCCUAACUAUAACAAUUGGUGCCAGGAUGUGUGAUACAGGCUACAAAAUCAAAACUGUAUUGGGUUUCCCAAAAGCACCAUGACAAUGCUUGUCCCUUCAUCCCAAUUAAUUGAAGUAACAAUCUGCCAGAAAGGGCUGAACGUUUCUGGAAAACUUAGCCCGGAUUUGACAAGUGACCUUACGACAGCUCAGCCUUUUUAAGUGUUUUCCCUCGGCUCCAAAAAAGGUCUUCUGUUUCUCACCAACCCUAGCUCAUUGUUGGUGCAACACUCCUUUGGUAAAUUAUCUGUGGUUUUUCAUUACCUGAGGCUUACAAACCAGAGGUCGUUUUCAUUCCAGCUUGUGUCAGUCCGUCACGGGCCAUCAGUUAUUCAUGAGACGCAACAGGUUAAUAAUGAGGGGUAAAUGAAAUGUGGCAUAGGUAAAGGAAAGUACUGUGGACUCUUUGCAUCCUAUGUCAAUUCAAUGCUGGAUGUGAUCAUUACAAAAAAAAGAUUGGCACGUUGAAAAAUAAAUGUAAUUUCUGAUCAGCAUUUAUUUCUUCAAGGAGUUUUUUGUUUCAUAAUGGUUAAGGACCGUUUAGGUCUCGGUUUAACGGGGGCAGGCUGUAUGGGGGUUGGUACUACCGCGUAUUCAUAACGAAACCAAAAAUAUAGCGUUACAGUAAACAUCGGUCUCAACACGAACGGCUGCUUGCGGGAAAACUGCUUCUAUUGAACAGAGAUCAUGGCCUCUUGGACAUGCUUGCUGUUCUUGACCCUUUUCCGCAUCACUUCUGGAUUUGAUUGCAGUUUUGUAGCACUGGAGUGUAACAAGCACAGCCAUGGAUGGUUAGGCCAGCAGUCAUUAUUGGAGUGCAUUGUGAAGGGAACGGUGCCGAUCGAGAGGGUCACAGAGAUCAGAUGGAGUUAUGGAACGACCCGUUUAAUAAUAUACCAAGAUGGUAAAUUAACAUCUAAACAAGGCUUUACAUUGGCCGAACCAAGUUGGAAUGAGACCAACAUGAAUGUCUCGAUGCUUUUGAACAAAACCAUGAAGGCAGACAUUGGAAACUACACGUGCAUAGUGAACACCAAUCGAGGCAUUUGUCGCAACUCAACCACCCUUGAUCUCUCAGCCAUCGAUAGCAGUCCGACCAUCGGAGUGACUGAAAGCCUCCAGAAGUUUUCGACUCUUUCCUGCAAUGAUGGUGGCUGUGAUCCGGAUCGGAGAAUCGAUCCACAUCCAGAAUCACAAUUGGCCUACAAAGUAGUACCCCCUGUGGUCGUGGUUUUACUGAUCAUAGGACUGCUGUUCUUCCUGAAAAGACAAUGCAAUAAACGUACACAUGAAGUAAUUCCCACAGACAACCAAGAUCUAUGUAAUGGCGAACAUCAACCACACCAGGUCUGAGGGACUGUGCCAAACUGUUGUCUAUUGAAAACAAAGAGCGAGUGAGAGUUCCUGGAGGAAGAGUUACAUUUAAUGUAAUUUUGAAACCAAUGCUAAUUUCAUGCAGCAUCCAAAGAAAUUCCUCAGUUCUCUAACUAACUAAUUGUAAAUAAGUGUGCAGCCUUUAUAACAUCCAAAGGGUGUGUUGACGAGGCUUGGUAGCACAAUAAGACAAGACAACCAAAUUUUUCGCCAAACCAGUCCCAACUCUUCGAAUGAAAUGAAUAAGCUAAGUCUAAAAUUAUCUCUUCAAGCUAAAAAGGAUGUAUGUUACGAUGAAGAAUUGGAGAGAUACAACAUAAAUGAACUGAUGAUGACAUCUGCACUUAAAAUGAGCAGAAUAAUUAUUUUUACUGAACUACUUUCUAAAAAUCUUUAAUACUAAAACACCAGAUAAAUAAGUUUGUAUAAUAUUAAAUGUAAAUACUUAGUUGGUAUAACGUAACAUCAGUCUAUGUAAAAAAAACAUUAGCACUUGUGUUGUAAUUUUUUUAAAGGAUUUUGUUUGGAUGUAAAAGGAAGCAUUUGAUGCUAUUUUUGAAUCACUGUGACACUAUUUUAACAAUGUUUAAAUGCCAGCGUUUGUAGCAAGCUCAAAGCCUGGUUUGACCGGCUUCUGAACAGAUUGUGAUGACCUUUAAGGACAGAGAUGUCAAUGCUCCAUUUUCCACAAAUGCAAUAGCUUAACAGAAAAAAAUUAAUGGAAUGUGAAAUCAGUUUCUGCAAGGGUAAUUUGUUGUGCAGGAAAAAAACAAAUCAGGAGACUUUUGUGAAUGUUUAACUAAUUAAUUAAACAGAUAUAUAUAAAUAUUUGUAUACUGGGUUUAUGUGUUUAUGAGCCUGUGCCUUCUCUAACUGCAUGUAAUUACUUUACCAAAUGUUGCGACACUAUAUUAAUACAUAUUCCAACCAUCCCAGAUAAAAGCUAAUCCAAGUAAAUCGGCUGCUGGUCUUUGAUGCAGAGGCUGUGUUUAUCUCAGAAAGAGCUCCAGACUCGGCUGAUGAGGACCAUCUUAAAGACUAGGAGUUUUGAUUGCUCUGAAAUGAUAACCAUCUCAUUUCAUUUCAUUUAUUUAUUACGGCUCACGGCCAUAAUAUUUUGGCAGGUAUUUUUUUCUAUAAUACAUUACGUUUAAAUUUUUACACUCAAAAAGCACAUGAUAUUCGUCGCCAACACAAUUGGAAUCGCAGAUGUUGCACAUUCUUUCGCUUCUUUCCAGCCCUUUGUAUCUUCCAGUGACUUUAGGUAUUCUGGUGUUAUUCGUUCUAAAAUUGCAGAUAGCCUGUCUGGACUUUUGGUUUUCAUACAUCAGGUAUUUUUCUAAUUUAAACUCUUGUUUAAAUUCUAUGUACGUGUCACAGGAAGUCAUGCUUGUAAGCUCGCUCUGCCACCUCUGGAUGAAUUGAUCUUUUAACCUCUGCUCAACAAUUUUUUUCAGCCAGUUAAUGUUGUUGUACUUUUGUGUUAUCCAGAUGUAUGACAACCCGCAGUCAUCCAGUAUCUGUUUCACCUGUGAUACCCAGGGUGAAGCAUAUGCACCACUGCUAUGUAAGCUGUGUAGCUGAUUGUACAUGAUUUUACUAAGUUUACUUUCUUUACUUUCUAACAGUCUCCCCCAAUAUCCAAUUAUUCUUUUUUUAACUGUAACACAGAGUGGGUACCGUCCAAGCUCUCCAUACACCAUAUGACUGCAGGUUGUCAUUUUAACUUUUAAGAUGUACUUUAGAAAUUUGAGAUGUAGUUUUUCUAACAGAUGUAGUUUUUCAAACCCCCACACUUCACAUGCAUACAACAUAACUGGAGUAACCAACUUGUCAUAAAGGUCCAGAGUGACAUCUACAGAAAGCUGAAGCUUUCAAGACUAUACAAGACGAUAAUUACUCUUUCAUCGUUUCUCCAAAACCAUGGGGUCUGGUCAUUUUUAAUUGGUAGUUAAGCCACGAAUCAAUGUAUUAUCAUUGAGUGCUUUAAAAUGAUCCUUGCAUAACACAGCUAUUUACGUUACUCUGACAGAGUUACUAUUAAAUAAUUAAUGGUUGGUUCAAACCAAUACAUUUAAAUAAAAAUAUAUUCUUACUUGUGAUAUUCCACCCAGGCACAAUAGUUUUGAGCAGGAA